AUGGUCUCUUGGUUCAUGAGUUGGCUAAACACUUCAGUACCCACAAAUUGGCCUCUCAUUGGUAUGGUGCCAGGCCUCCUUCGAAAUGCUCAUCGAAUCCACGAAUAUGCAACCGAGUUUCUUCAAGAAACCAGAGGCACGUUUCUUUUUAAAGGACCUUGGUUUUCUGGUAUGGAACUGUUGAUCACUUGUGAUCCUGCUAAUGUCCACCACAUCUUGAGCAGGAACUUCUCAAACUACCCAAAGGGCCCUGACUACAAUCAGAUAUUUGAGCCCUUGGGAGAUGGGAUUUUGAACGUCGACGCAGAGUUAUGGGAAACCCAAAGAAAAAUCACCAUGUCACUCAUGAACCACUCCAAAUUCCAAGUUUCAUUAGAGAGAACUAGUUGGCAGAAGGUCGAAAAGGGGCUGAUCCCAAUUCUUGAACGUGCCUCGGAACUGGGAGGAGAAGUUGAUAUGCAAGAUCUAUUGGGGAGGUUCACCUAUGACUGUGUCAGCAUAUUGGUGUUGGGCUAUGACCCAGCCAGCCUUUCCACGGAUUUACCACCCAUUCCAUCGGGUGAAGCCGAAGAGGCUAUGCUAUACAGGCACAUUUUUCCCAAAAGCAUUUGGAAGCUUCAACGAUGGCUUCAAAUUGGCCAAGAGAAGAAGCUGAGCAAAGUUUUUGAGACUUUCCAUCAUUUACUGUCCCAUAGCAUCUCAAUGAAACGUGAGGAACAAAGCAAAAGAAGAAGAAACCAAGCAGUGCAAGACCAAGAGGAAAGUUUUGACUUAAUAACAGCUUUCAUGGACGCAUAUAAAGGAAUCAGUGGAGCAUCUGGUGACUCUGACAAGUUUCUGCGAGAUUCAUUGCUGAGUUUGUUGUUUGCUGGGAGAAGCGCCACAACUGCUGUUCUUACAUGGUUCUUUUGGCUCCUUGCAACAAACCCUCUAGUUGAAACAAAGAUCAGAGAAGAGAUUAAAGCAAAAGUCAACGUGAAAGACGACGAGAAGUGGAGUUUACUCAAAGUAGAAGAGUUAAAUAAACUCGUUUAUCUCCAUGGAGCUUUGUGUGAAUCCUUACGAUUGUUCCCACCAGUUCCUUUCCAGCACAAAGCACCGCUUAUGCCAGACAUUCUUCCAAGCGGCCAUCGCAUUAACAAAAAUACCAAGACAGUCAUGUGUUUCUACUCGAUGGGAAGGAUGGAGUCAAUAUGGGGCAAAGAUUGGAGGGAGUUCAAGCCCGAGAGAUGGAUUUCGGAGAGAGGUGUGAUUGAACAUAUGCAAUCUUUUAAGUUUGUGGCAUUUAAUGCAGGACCGAGGAGUUGCUUAGGGAAAGAAAUGUCUUUAGUUCAGAUGAAAAUAGCUACGGUGGCCAUCCUAAAUAAAUACCAUAUUCACGUUGUAGAAAGUCACCCUAUUACUCCAAGGAACUCCAUUGUACUACAAAUGAAACAUGGUCUAAAGGUGCGGAUAACGAAAAGAAGUGUUUGA